UUAUGGAUGCAAAUGAAGGGGCGAUAUUAAAUAAUUCAAAAUGUUUGAAAGAUAUUACAAUCUGCUUUAGUUAUCCAAACAGCGAUGACUUAGUAAAAAUCUUAAAAACACCUCGUAUUGAAUUUUCUGAUUGAUUACCUGGAUUAUAAUGAUUCAAGUUUUCAGGUUUUUAAAAACUUUACUGUGAUGAAUUUGAAUGAUCGUUGUUUGUUUUUAAAUUUAAUAAAAACAUUUUCUAAGAUUUUGUUUUGAGAACUAUAGAAACCUCAUUUACAGAUAUAUUGAAAAUUGAUAAUGAUCUACUAUAUAUAACUGGAAAUUUUGCUAAACUAUCCAAUCUAAAGAAGUUAACAAUAUCAACCACAUGAAUUCAAAAAAUUGAAAACUUGGACAAAUUAGUUAAUCUAGAAUAUUUGGAUUUAUCGAAUAAUUAUAAUAUUAACAAGAUUGAAAAUUUAGAUAUGCUAACAGAUCUAAAAGAAUUAAUACCAUCGCAUGCCAGCAUUGAAAAAAUAGAGAAUCUACACCAUUUGAUCAAUCUAGUACAUUUGGAUUUAUCACCUAAUGAGAAAAUUAAGAAGAUUGAGAAUUUAAGUAUGUUAAUAAAUUUAAAAGAAUUGGAACUAUCAGAUACCAUAAUUAAAAAAAUAGAGAAUCUAGACAAAUUAAUCAAUCUAGAAUCUUUGGAUUUAUCAUGUAAUGAAAAGAUUAAAAAGAUUAAAAAUUUAGAUACUUUAAUAAAUUUAUCAUUUUUGAAUUUAUCGUUCAAUGAAAUCAGAAAAAUUGAAAAUUUAGAUGCAUUGGUUAAUCUUAAAACUCUUGUAUUGUCUGGGUGUUGUAUCACAGAAAUUAAUGGAUUGUCAAAAUUAACAGUAUUGAAUAAAUUAAAUUUUGCUUAUAAUUGGAUUAAUAAAAUUCAAAAUUUGUCUGCUUUAGCUGAUUUAACUGAAUUGGAUUUACAGGAAAAUGAAAUGUUGGAUAUCACAAUGAUAUCAGAACUAAAAAAAUUUGCAAGCUCUUGAAUCGGGAGGUAAUAAAAUCUAUAAAGAAAAAUUAAGAUAAAUUAAAAGACUACAAAUGGAAGUUGAUGAUAUUUCGAAUUUUUUUUAGUAUAAAAAACCAAAAAAGAUGGUUCAAAAAAAUCAUUAAAACGCUAGACAAGUUGAAAAGCUAUUUGAAAUCAAAAACGGAGUAUAGUUAAAUUUAUAAUUUAGCAUGUUGA